CCAGUGAAGUCUGAAAUUAGCAGAACUCGAAGCCCAUUGGUCAGCUCGAUGUACCUGUGGGAGGGGUUAGACAGAGUCCUGUCACGUUCCCUCUGCUCCCCCCAUCCGCCUCAACCGCUCCAGGAGAGGCAAGGAGAGAGGGAAGGAAGAGUGCAGCUGAAAAGCAAACAGACAUGUCGACAGCCAACGCAUAAAGUCUCCCAUCGGCUGUUCGUGGAUUUCUUCGCGGGACCUGAUGUGGUGAGGGGUGGGUGUGUGCCACUGCCCUGGGCUGGGCUGAAGGCAGAGGAGGUAGGAUGCUGUGGCUCUCCCUGCUGUCUGUGGUGGUCCUGGGUUGUGUGACCCUGACCCAGACACACACUCACACACACACCCCGACGCCCACCUCCACACACACCCCUAUGGUGGACAGCUCGGAGGAGGAGGUGGACGAACCGUGCUUCGAGCCGUGCACGUGCGAGGUCAAAGAGGGAGUGUUGCACGUGCACUGUGAUGGGCGGGGCUUCACUAACGCCAGCCAGGUGUCCCAGUCUUGGCUCCGCCCCUUCAAGCUCAACCUGCAGAGGAACUCCUUGAGGCGUCUCUAUAGCAAUGGCUUCCUGCACCAUAGCAAUGCCGUGGCGAUAAACCUAGGCAACAACGCGCUGCAGGACAUCCGUGCCGGGGCGUUUCAUGGUCUAGGGACACUGAGACGCCUCUACCUCCACGAGAACAAGCUGGAGGUGUUCCGUAACGACACCUUCUCUGGUCUGGAGGCACUGGAGUACCUGCAGGCCGACUACAAUGUCAUCAAACGCAUCGACAGUGGGGCGCUACGCUACCUGCAUAAAUUACGAGUGCUCAUCCUCAAUGACAACCUGAUCCCUGCUCUGCCUCCUCAUCUCUUCAGAUCUGUGUCUCUGACCCACCUGGACCUGCGGGGGAACCGUCUGAAGAGCCUGGCCUACGCCGGGACCCUGGAGUACGUGGGCCGCAGCCUGAUGGAGCUCCAGCUGGAGGAGAACCCCUGGAUAUGUGGCUGUGAGGCUGUCCAGCUGCAGACCUGGCUGGGACACAUCCCCUACACCGCAGUGGUGGGGGACAUCACCUGCGAAUACCCCUUCCACCUGCACGGGAAAGACCUGAGGGAGAUACCACGCAAAGAACUGUGUGCCGGAGAGGUGGAGGGAGAGGGGGAGAAGGAGGGAGAGAGGGAGAAGCACGGAGGGGUACAGCCUCCUCAGCAUCCGCCCUCUUACCCAAAAGCGAACCCCAAGCCUGGGAGGCCCAGACCCACCAAGCCGUCCUCCAUGGUUCACCAUCAGAACACACAUACCUCAUCUUCGUCAACUUCAUCAUCGGCGGAGCGGAGGGGGAGAGAGAGGUCCCCUCGGCCCACCAAGCGUCCCCGGGCCUCCAGGACACCCCCCACCCAGCGUAGCCUCCUCCCCAACCAGCCCCCUCCCAUCGCAGGGUACCAGACUCGCCCCCCCAUCCCCAUCAUAUGUCCUCUGGGGUGCACCUGUAACCUCCACAUCUCAGACCUAGGUUUGACAGUCAACUGUAAGGAGAGCGGCUUCAACAACGUGUCCCAGCUCAUGCCACGCCCCCUCAACGGACGGAAGCUGUACCUCAGCGGCAACCUCAUCCAGCGGAUCUAUAAGUCAGAUUUCUGGAAUUUUUCCAGUCUGGAUCUACUUCACCUGGGAAACAACCGGAUCUCCUUUAUUCAGGAGGGAGCGUUCUCCAGCCUGCCGACCCUGAGGAGUCUCUACCUGAACGGCAACAACCUGCAGAGGCUUAGCCCACACAUGUUCCUGGGUCUAGUUAACCUCAGGUACCUGUACUUUGAGUAUAAUGAGAUCGGUGUGGUGGAGGCGGGAGUGUUCAGCCCCAUGCCGUCUCUCCAGCUGCUCUUCCUCAACGCCAACCUGCUGAGGUCACUUCCUGUCGGAGUGUUCCAGGGCAUCUCCCUCUCUCGCCUCAACCUCCGCAACAACCACUUCCUCAGCCUGCCUGUAGAGGGGGUGUUAGAGCACCUCACUGGACUGGUGCAGGUGGACCUGCAGCAGAACCCAUGGGAGUGCAGGUGUGAUGCGGCCCCUCUGAAGCGCUGGCUGGAGGGCCUGAGUGCGGUGGUGGUGGUGGGGGAGGUGGUCUGUCACUCACCAGAAGAGACCACAGGUACAGAUCUUCGCUCUCUUUCCCUGGACCUCCUCUGUCCAGACCUGGACACCCACCAGGCCACGGUGGAGAACCAGGGGGAGUGGAACAGCUCCACAGCCCCAGACGGUGAUUUCUCUCUGGGCUACCCCGUGCCAGGCAAUGGUCCCCUGGGUCCCAUCACCAAGGCUUCCAUCCCUCUGUCGGUGUUGGUGCUCAGCCUGCUGGUGCUGUUCGUGUCGGCGUUCUUUGCGGCAGCGGCGCUGAUCGCCUAUGCCCUGAGGAGGCGGGACAAGCUGCCGUUCCGGCGGCAGGGAGAGGUGGAUCUGGCCGGGAUCCAGAUGGAAUGUGGGAUAUUCACCGAGCAGCAGCACCACAGGUUACCGGUACCAAAGACCCCUCCUCCGUCUGCCUUGCAGCAUAGCCUCGUCUACGAUAGCAUCCUCCCCGUCGUCCCUGGCCCUAACCCUAACCUCAGUCCCUCAACACACAUGUGCAGUAGCCCAGUCUAUAAGAAUGAGGAUGAUUCAGUGGUGAGGCAGCAACAGCAGCAGUUCUCUGCCUCUAAAGAGAAAGGGAACGUGGGAAGACACCGCUCAGGGGGAGAGAGCGAAGGACACUAUCGUUUGGUGGCAGAGAGAGAGAGAGAAUGGAAUAUGGAGGUGUGUCCCCCCUCCAUCAGUACCGUUGCCGGGGCAGUGGAACCCCCUCUUUCAGAUCUCCACGGAAACGGGACCCUCUGCCCAACGGUCAUAGACAGCCAGGGCCCCACCCCCAAGGUGGGAUUGGUUGACUGCCUGUUUGGGAUCUCUGGAAUGUCCGCCGCCGUCCCAGAGUUCCGAGACCUGCCGGACAGGUAUACACGUCCCCCACCACCCCGCUAUCCCCACCCUCCACAACCCCCUCAGCCCCCCGAACCCAAAGAGGAAACUAGAGCCAGCCAAUCACUCGUGGUUACUACAAUGACAGCGUGCGCGGGGCCAAGCAGUAGUAAUCAGAGCCAGAACUCAGAGUUUCCGCGAGAGUUGAGAAUGAGACUCAGUACCAAGCCGGAUUACAUGGAAGUCCUGGACAGAUCUUAUCAGUUCUAAUAGAUAAAUGUUACUAUGGAACCGCUGGCGUUGACAAUAAAUGACUCCUGUAAUAUGUCAUGUCUUGAACAUGUUGAUAUGCAGAGGUAAACCUGUGUGUGGCGAGAGCUGUUAGGACUAGGAGGAAGUUACUCUUAGAUGAGGCUUUGGAAAGGAUAAGCUGAUCCUAGAUCAGUGCCUGAGACUAGCAAUUAUUUUUUGUACCAUUGAUGACUAAGUAUCAGAUCAGGCUUUUUUUAUUCCCAGCAUCACAAAACAAGACAAUGUGGUAGAUGUGUGUUCAUUGUGUAUCUUUGUGGUAGGUACAGACCUUCGCUCUCUUUCCCUGGUGGGUGUGUGUUCAUUUUGUAUCUUUGUGGUAGGUACAGACCUUCGCUCUCUUUCCCUGGUGGGUGUGUGUUCAUGUUAGACAAUACAGUAGGUGUGUGUGUGUUCAUGUAUGCUCUCUAAAGACUUGCUGAUGAGACACUCAGUUGCUCUGCCUCUCCAGUAACAUCAUGAAGCACAGUGAGAGAGAGAGACUGAGACACAGGGAGGAGUCAGGAAUGAAGUGGUAAAGAGAGGGGGGUGGAAACGCAGAGUCCCAGUCUGACGGGUGUCUAAUGUAGCAUGUAACACUUUCCAUAUGAAAAGAACGUGGAAGAGGUGUUGAAGUGUGUUUACCCUGGACACUACAUCCCUGGUAUUAGUGUCACUGUGUCUGAGUGUUACUGUGGACCACAGGAUGCUUGUGGUACCUUCAUUGAGGAGGACGGGCUCAUUGUAAUGGCUGGAACAGAAUGAUGGAAUGGUAUCAAACGUGUUGGGUGCCAGUCCAUUCACUCUGUCCCAGCCAUUAUUAUGAGCCGUCCUCCUCUCACUAGCCUCCUGUGGUAUGGAAAGAGGGAGAUAUGACACAGUCAAGUGCCUUAGCAACUAGCAGCCAGACCUGGGUCUAAUACACAUGUCCGAUACUUUCAAAAAAGUGCUUGAGAUGAGUUUGGAUUUAGCUUACACACUUAUGGGGCUAUUCCGUUGGUGCCACAGUUGUACUGGGCAAACUAACUCAAAGGCAGCUCAAGUACAGUAUUUGAGUGUAUUUGACACACAUAUUUGACCAGGGCAGCAGCCAGCAAGUGGUCAAGGCUUAUUUUUCUAGAAACACAGAUCUAUUUAUCUAAACAGAGGUUUGAAUACUAAUGGCCGGGACUCAGAGCUGCUCUGGGAAAUUGAGGGCCCUAUUCAAUCAAAAGCUGAAACUGUAUUUCCCGGAUUAUAGUCAAAAGUAGCCUUCCUCAUGUGAAGAGACAGAGGAGUAUAUUUGCAUUUGUAAGAGUUUAUUUGCCUUUGUAUGUUUGCAUUUCCUGAAUAGGGCAUUUCCUGAAUGGGGCUCUGAGUGUGUUUGUUCUCAGGUGGAAUAUAAGGACCUGCGGGAUGCGAGAGAACCAUGAGACACCGCUAUAAACUCCUAAAGGGGAUGUUGACUUCACUACUUUCAUCGGACAAUGGCAGUGAAGUCACUUCAUUGGAUUUAAAGUGGGAAAAAGAACAGAAAACCAGGACAAAGCGUUUUGACACGAGAAAGACACUUCUAUGAAAUACUGAUUAUUAUCUUUUAAAGGAGGUACCUUUUUAUGCUUUUAUCUCCUACAAAUAUUAGAGGAAAUUGUGAAUAUAUUUAUUCUUAGUUUCUUGUGUGUUGGAGCUUUGCUACUGUAUGGGAUCAUAUUAUAUCAGUGUAUAGCAGAGAUGGCCAAUCCUCCUGGAGAGAUACAGGGUGGUUUCCGCUGGUUACCACAGCCACAAAGUCAAGAUAGGCCGGAUAUAAAAAAUAUGGGCUUUUUUUUGUUGUCUUUUUGGUCUUAAUUUAAGGUCAGGGUAAAGGCAUAAAGUUAGCAGUGUGGUUCAUGUUAGGAUUAAGAUUAUUGUUAGGUUUAAAAUCACAUUUUAAGAAGAGAAAUUGAAGAAAUAGGCUGUGGAAGCUAGUAACGACCCUACUGUAGGUGGAGGCUUUUGCUCCAGCCCAACAUAGACACUCUUAAUUUUAGCGAUGAAAAGCAGCUUGUUCAGAUGGUAAUCUCUGCAGGAGGAAGUUUGGCCAGCCCUGGUGUAAAGGACAAUUCUGCAUCUGGUUUAGCCUUCUCUACAGUGACCACAUCAUAUAUACAAUAAAGGGUGCUACUCUAAAACCA